CACUUGUACUUUAAUUUUCACUGAUAUCAUUUUAUCAACUUGGUGUGUUUGGUUGCUGUAGUUUAAAUAAAAAAAUUAAUAAAGAUUGCAAAAAUGUCGAAUAAUUCGAAUUUAUCUGUGGCUGUGGUCUGUUCCUCAAACAUGAAUCGUUCAAUGGAGGCACACCAUUUCCUAGCGAAGAAGGGCUUCAACGUGCGUUCGUUUGGCACUGGUGAACGUGUAAAACUCCCAGGCACAGCUAUUGAUAAACCAAAUGUUUACGAAUUUGGCACGCCUUACGACACAAUCUAUCAGGAUCUGCUUACAAAAGAUAAACAAUACUACACACAAAACGGGUUACUUCAUAUGCUUGACCGUAAUCGAAGAAUUAAAAAGUGUCCAGAACGCUUUCAGGAAUGCAAAGAACAAUUCGAUAUCAUUGUGACCGUGGAAGAGCGCGUCUACGACCAGGUGCUGGAACACAUGGAGUCUUGUGAUCCCAUCGACAAUCGACCUGUACACGUAUUCAAUGUGGAUAUCGAGGACAAUCAUGAAGAGGCUUUAAUGGGCGCCUUUCUUAUCACGGACAUGAUAAAUAUGAUGGCAAAAUCAACCGAUCUGGAUAACGAUAUUGACGAAUUGCUGCAAGAAUUCGAGUCUCGGCGCAAUAAAACUGUUCUGCAUUCGGUACUUUUCUACUGACAAUUGUUUAAGCUGUAGAUGGAAAUCGAAACAUCGAAAUGGAAACCAUUAAAUGUAUUGUUGACAAAAUUCUGUUUGUUAACACAAGUGCACCAAACGGUAAAAAACUAUCCUAUAAUGCUGUAAUAUUAUUAAACAAAAAUGAAAAAAAUAAUUAAAACGGAAACAAAUGCAGGAGGUUGUGGCAAAAUUUUUAUGGAUCCAGCAGAAAAUACAUACAUACAUACAUAUAAGAAAUGAAACAGCGGAUGCCGAAACUAAUAUAGUUAUUGAAAAACAAAUAUACGCAUGUAAUCAAAAUCCAAGCAAAGUUGAGGUAACUCAACUCAUUUGGUGAAGAACAAUUGCGUAUAAAAACUCAUACAUGCUGGUAUGUAUGCACUUAUAAGAGCGUCUAAAAAUGCAAAACAUAAUUAUCUUGCAGAAUAUAUAAAAUAAAAUAUAAACAGAUAUUUUACAAUUUUAUAUUUAAGUAUAGUCAUUAUUAUUUUCUCCAAUCAAGUUCUUUGCCAAAGAAAAUAAGACAAUUAACGAAUAUAUAAAUGACACAUAUACAUACAUACACAUAUACUGUAUAUGUUGCAUAUUUUCAUUUAAUUUAAGCAGUCUUCAUUUUAUUUAAAAUUUCACCAAUUUUAUUUAAUUUUAAGUAUUAAGGGUUUAUGCUCGAAGUUUAUGUUUGCUCAAACUUUGCCAUAACCUAAAAAUUCAAAAAGAAAUCACAUAAAAUGUACCGCAAGUGAAUUUCAAGAGAACUGAUAUUAUUUGGCAAGUAAAACAACAAAUGUGUAUAAGAUAAAAAAUAUUAGAGAUGUAUGCUUAAAUUUAUGUAGUCGUUUGAUUGGUGAUUGAAAAAAAAAAUAAAAUAAAUAUUUAAAAUAUUAAAAAAAUACUAAA